UCGUGAGCGGCGAAAGCCGGGAGGGCGAGCGAGAGAGGGAGCAGGCAGCAGGCACAGGCAGCAGGCGGGCGGGAGGGCGGACGGACGGACGGCGCGAAGGGAGGGAGCGAGAGAGCAGUGAGUGAGCCAGCGAGGGCGGCCGCAUCCCGAAAGCAGCCGACAUUCCCGCCUCCCUCUAAUCCCCUCCCCGGAGCCCACAGCGCCUCCGGUCUCCAGCGGAGCGGACACGGCCCGGCCCGGCCAUGGCCUCGUUGCUGAAGGUGGAUCAGGAAGUGAAGCUCAAGGUUGAUUCUUUCAGGGAGCGGAUCACAAGUGAGGCAGAAGACUUGGUGGCAAAUUUUUUCCCAAAGAAAUUGUUAGAACUUGAUAGUUUUUUGAAGGAACCAAUCCUAAACAUCCAUGACCUAACUCAGAUCCACUCAGACAUGAAUCUCCCAGUCCCUGACCCCAUUCUUCUCACCAAUAGCCAUGAUGGACUGGACGGUCCCACUUACAAGAAGCGAAGAUUGGAUGAAUGUGAAGAGGCCUUCCAGGGAACCAAGGUGUUCGUGAUGCCCAAUGGGAUGCUAAAAAGCAACCAGCAGCUGGUGGACAUUAUUGAAAAAGUGAAGCCUGAGAUCCGGCUGCUGAUCGAGAAAUGCAACACGGUCAAAAUGUGGGUACAACUCCUGAUUCCUAGGAUAGAAGAUGGGAACAACUUUGGGGUGUCCAUUCAGGAGGAGACAGUUGCAGAACUAAGAACUGUUGAGAGUGAAGCUGCAUCUUAUCUGGACCAGAUAUCUAGAUAUUAUAUUACAAGAGCCAAAUUGGUUUCUAAAAUAGCUAAAUAUCCCCAUGUGGAGGACUAUCGCCGCACCGUGACAGAGAUUGAUGAGAAAGAAUAUAUCAGCCUUCGGCUCAUCAUAUCAGAGCUAAGGAAUCAAUAUGUCACUCUACAUGACAUGAUCCUGAAAAAUAUCGAGAAGAUCAAACGGCCCCGGAGCAGCAAUGCAGAGACACUGUACUGAGGCCAGGGCCAGGGCCAGGGGACUCUGUGAGUCUGGCUCAAGACCGACAUUGCCUUGGUUUGUUACAUGACUAUCGUGAUGGGAAAACUGGCUGGAAGUAGUAAUCACACCUCUCUCUGUUUUUAGUUAGAGUCUAAUGAAACUCUCAUGUAGUUCUGUGACGUGUUUACCUCUUUUUUCAGGCCUCAGGAACUCUUCUAUUUCCUUCCCUAAUACCCCACGCCCCCCUGUCCUAAUUUCUGGAGACCUCCAGGUUUGUGUACACAGGAUGUUGGCACAAGAAUACUUGUGUUUUUUCUCCCCGGCUCCCUCCUGUGUCUUGGGCUUUGUAUUUUCUUCCUCUUGAGGAUUAGUUCGUCAGAAGCUGAGGGAACUGGAUGGAGAGUGCUAGGUGUUUUGUAGGAACUGGGGCCGGGUGGAGGGGACCAGCUCCUUUCUUCCUGAUGGGAGGUUAGUGUCCCUUGACACUGUGGGACGUUGCAUCCUCCCUGGCACAGUUGCCCUGGUGAUGACUUUGGGUUUCCCAUCUAUAUACAUAGCACCGUGAACCUGAUCAUGACAAGAAACACCUUAGACCUUCUGCCAAGUCCCUAGCUGCUUCAGACGUUUUUAUAACUAGGAUUUUCACAUACACAUGUGCGUGAUAUACACACACGUACACACAUGCAGCACACACAUGCCUUCCUACUCUGUUACUUGAUGCCCUCCCCUCCCCCCAGCCCUGCCCACCCCCCAAACCCUGUCUCUGUCUCACACACACACACACACUCUCUCUCUCUCUCUCUCUCUCUCUCUGUUCAGAAGGUGUUAGGUGUCUUAGUCCUCAUCCACCAGGUCCCAUUGUCUCCUGAUAUUGUAGCCUCUUGGUGCCCAAGGCUGGUGAGUUGGAGGACAACUGAGAGAUGAGAAGCAGGGGUAGUGGGUUCCCCUUCCUCUGUGACUCGGGUCCUUUGGGGCAUUUUUGCAAAGGCUGGUCCUCUGAAUCCCGGUUUCCUCUUCCCAGGCCAGUUGUAAAUUGGGGUGGGGGUGUCUGCAGCUGUGAGGCCAGACGCUGCUGCUCCUACUGGGUUUUCCCUUUGGGAAAAUGUUUUCUUAUUUAUAGUAUUGUGCUUCCAGGGAAAGCGGUCACUUGUGUAUAUAUGUGUGUGCAUGUACGCACAUGCAUGUACACAUUGUGUGUAUGUGGAAAUCUGCUGGGCAAGUCAAAACCAUAGAAGAGUUGCCUCUUAUCUCUCAAAUCUUCCAGAGAUGUCACUUGUUACAGCUUUUGUGUUAACCCUCAUCAACCCCCACUUUUAUUCUACCACUACUGGAGAGUCUGCUGGUGAUUCUCUGUGUCUGUUUCUGACUUUUAUUCUUCCCCCGUCUCUGUCUUCCAACCCCCAAUCAUAUUUCCAUCUGGAUGCAUCAUUUUUCCUCCCAGUAUGCUAUAGAGAAGGAGUUAGGAUGCUGUCUUCCCAUGAAUAGUACUCGGUAACAAACCAAUUGCAUUUUAGUUGGGCAAUGCCCCUACCCACCCUCAGACCCCUUCCAGCUAAAACCGUUCCGUCCUCCCACCAUGUGUUUCUCAGUUUCCCUUUUUGUUUGUUGGAUUGUUCCCAUGUCCCUCCUCCUCACCUUACAAC